AACACAAACUGCUAUAUAGAACCGAUCAGCUUUUCUCUCCACGGAUGGGGGAAGUCCCAGCUGCCGAUGAGACGCUAACGCCAGACGAUGCCGCGGACGUGCUGGAGUCGAGGAGCUACUACCUGCACAGACCAAGUCCUACGAGCUGGGGCUCAAGUUCAAACUGCCGCAACACGUCGUGGAAGCCAUCCACGCCAAGGACGUUACGGCUGAUCAAUACCUUCUUAGAAUUUUGAUC